GCAGCAGUCUCAGCUACUCCCCGUGUCACCUCCUUACCGACACUGUCAUUAUCGCAGCCUGAAGACGACGCAAAAACGGUCUCUCCUCUACAUUGCAUCCGUUUUUGAGCCAAGACCCCUCUCCAGAAAAUAGCAAUUAAGAGACUUGUUUCGUGUAUGUGUUGGGUAAUGAAGGCUUCUGCGGCAAAAGAUACUCACCUCUAGCAGACAUGCCCGGGUCGUUGUAUGAAAGCUCCAAUCUGGAUCGAGGCGGCAACAACAGGAAGAAGAAGAUAGAGGAAUUCUCUAGGUCUUCUCGGGAGAAACUUGUCCAAUCGAAGAACAAAAUGUUCUCCAAAUUCACGUCCAUUCUUCAACAUGCCGUGGAAGCGCUCGCCCCAUCGCUGCCCUUACAGGAGGACUUUGUUUAUCACUGGAAGGCCAUUACACAUUAUUACAUUGAGACCUCUGAUGACAAAGCUCCGGUCACAGACACCAACAUUCCAUCCCACCUGGAACAGAUGCUGGACAUCCUUACCCAGGAGGAAAGGGAAAGGGAGUCUGGAGAGACAGGACCCUGCAUGGAGUAUCUAUUACACCACAAGAUCCUGGAGACUCUCUACACCUUGGGAAAGGCAGAUUGUCCUCCAGGGAUGAAGCAGCAGGUGCUCACCUUUUACACAAAGCUGCUAGCACACAUUCGGCAACCUCUCCUUCCACACAUCAAUGUCCACAGACCUGUACAGAAACUGAUACGUCUGUGUGGGGAGGUGCUGACGGCUCCUACUGAAAAUGAAGAGAUUCAGUUCCUCUGUAUAGUCUGUGCCAAACUGAAGCAGGACCCAUAUCUCGUUGACUUCUUCCUUGAGAAUAAGUCAAAGAGACCUGAGACAAAGAGUCGCGUGGGGACAGAGGUGGUGGAGGAAAAUGUGUUUGCUCCAGACACGGGACAGUCUCUGGCAGAGGAGACGGUUGACCGACCAGAGGAGCUUCAGGGUGCUGCCUCCUCCUCCAGUGCAACAAGCAGCAGCAACAACUACAAUCUUGUCACCUCGCUGCUCAACCUCACAAAAAGCCCUGAUGGCAGGAUAGUGGUGAAGGCAUGUGAGGGCCUGAUGCUGCUUGUCAGUUUACCAGAGCCUGCAGCUGCUAAGUGUUUAACGGAAAACACUGAGCUGUGUGAGCUCCUAACCGACAGGCUGGUCACCUUCUACAAAGCCCUCCCUCAGUCCAUGGACCCUGUAGACAUUGAAACAGUGGAGUCAGUGAAUUGGGGUCUGGAUGUGUAUAACCUGAAGGAGGAUGCUGCUGUCUUUACAGGGAAGAGAGCUCUCAUCUCCUUCCUGUCUUGGCUGGAUUACUGUGACCAGCUCAUCAAAGAGGCUCAGAAGUCAGCAGCUGCAGUCAUGGCAAAAGCAGUGCGAGAGAGAUUCUUUGUGUCUGUGAUGGAGCCUCAGCUCAUGCAGACGUCCGAGGUAGGCAUCCUGACCUCCACAGCCCUGCUGAACCGGAUCAUCAGGCAAGUGACUUCAGAGGCUCUGCUGCAGGAGAUGAUUUAUUUCCUGCUCGGGGAGGAGAGCGAGCCGGAGACUCCAGCGUCCGUGACUCAAAAUCCACUCCGUCACCGACUGAUCGAGCACUGCGACCAUCUGUCAGACGAGAUCAGCAUCAUGACCCUGCGGCUAUUCGAGCAGCUGAUUCAGAAGCCCAACCAGCACAUCCUCCACAGCUUGCUGCUGCGCAGCCUUGAGGAGAGGAACUACCUGGAGAACAAGCCGCAGGAUGAGCGGGAGCCCCUGGAGAACGGGCAGCCCCACGAUGCUGUAGACCUCGAGGAGGAUCCACUGUUUGGUGAGGACACCUCUCCAGAGAGCAGGUUGUCCGGUUCGGAUUGGCUCAGCUCCUCCCCACCACAGAGCCCGGACCACUCAAAGUCCGACGGGAAGACGGAGGUGCACAAGAUCGUCAACAGUUUCCUUUGUUUGGUGCCCGAUGAGGCCAAGUCAUCGUAUCACGUGGAGGGCACAGGCUACGACACCUACCUCAGAGAUGCACACAGACAGUUCAGGGACUAUUGUGGGGUGUGCCAGCGGUGGGACUGGAGGGGCAGUCCAAAGCCUUUUGAGAAGUGUAACCUGGACAGCCCGUUCUUUGAGGGCCACUUCCUCAAGGUGCUCUUCGACAGGAUGGGUCGCAUCCUCGAUCAGCCCUACGAGGUCAACCUGCAGGUGACCGCUGUUCUGUCCAAGCUGUCAUUGUUUCCCCACCCCCACUUGCACGAGUACCAGCUGGACCCUUACAUCAACCUGGCCCCUGGCUGCAGGUCUCUGUUCUCUGUCAUUGUCAGGGUGGUAGGAGAUCUCAUGUUGAGGAUCCAGCGCAUCCCAGACUUCACUCCCAAACUGCUGCUCGUGAGGAAGAGAUUACUCGGCCUGGAGCCCGAGGGCAUCAACAUCGACCAUAUGACUCUUCUAGAGGGGGUGAUCGUGCUUGAGGAGUUCUGCAAAGAGCUUGCAGCCAUUGCCUUUGUGAAAUACCACGCAGCGGCCGCCUCCUCACCGUAAACCCCAUCUGCCUCGGCCAGGCAGACGGGUCAGGACUCUGGGUAUGUCUCUGUGGUUGGUGGCCCAGGUGCCACAGGGUUGUCAAAGGUUUACCACUAAAUGCUCACCCCUGCAAGACUGUAAGUUCAUCACCCCUUCUCUGGCCUCUGGGGCUCCACUGUAAACAAUCUUGGGUGUGGAGCAAAGACACUGCCCGGCCAGCGGAGCACCAAGAGGAGAACACAGGACAAGGUGCAGAGAGACGGUCACUGGACAUAUCCCGCCUCUGUGUUUUUUGUCUCUCUCUCAUUUGUUUCUCUACCAGCAGAAAGACAGCCCUGUAAUUAUUAUACCAAUGAGAAAAAUAUGUUUGUGUAUUUAUUUUUGUUCCAUAACCCAUUUGUAAACAUCAUUGCCUUAGUGUGGAGCCGCACCUUUCAGUUACAGAAGACUGUUCCCUUUUGAAACAUUUUUAUCUGAAAUCCUCAUGUGUUGUCUGUUUAAAGACCAGAGGGGGGAAAGCCCAAUACCUUCAGCCCCUACAUGUACCUGUAGUUGCAUACAUAUCAAACUGCAGUAUUUACGAUACUGCACUGCAUAUUUUAAAUGCCACCGCCUCUUUAUUUAUUUGUUUGCUUUCAUGUUGCCUUUUUAACUGUCACAUUGAGAUCAAAUCAAUGCUUUACUUCAUAUGUGUCCCUGGUUUUUCCUUGUCUCUAAAUGCUUGUGCUCCCAAAGCUUGUCACCAUCACCCAAAGACAUCCGCAGCCAUCACAUGCCUUUGAAAUUAUCUGGUGAAUUUAGCAAGUAAUGUCAAUUUGCACACAGACCUCAUCGCACUUGUCACAUUAUUCAUGUUAAUGCUUUUAGUGGGAAGAGACAGGAUUUAGAUUCUGCAUUACUUUUUGUUUUCUCCCACAACAGUGUUCCUUUCAUCAAAGUAUCCAAGAGACUGUGCUAUUUGUAGUUCUCAGCUGUUCAUUCUUUGUAUUGAUAGGAUGUAGCUGAUCUUUAUUUGGAGAUACUGCAGCGUCCCAAUCUGUAUUGGCUUUUGAUCGCUGAAACAGAACUUGUCUACUUGAUGGUGUUUCUAAGUUGUUUUUUUACUUCCAAGUAAUUCAAAAGAAAACUAGAUUAGAGGAGAGUCUGAUUUAAAAACCUUGUGUAAGUGGAAAACGUUGCCAGCAGAUAUUGUUAAUCAUCUCCUCUCCAAAACACUUUUUGAGGGUGAGUUCCUCCAUACCUGCACUUCCUGUGUGCUGUUCCCUCUCCUAGCAGUGUUACCUUUUAUCGCUUCCUAUUGUUUGGUCUCUGUUGGCCGUUCAUUGACCAGACUUCUCAAGCUGCUGCUCAAUGUGUGUUUGGUUGCUGUGUCUUGUUUCCCGUGGGUAUGUUUCCUUGAUUGAUUUUUGUGGUGGGAGACGAGCCGCGUUGUUGAUUUGGGCCUUUAGUUCCCCAUCGUGAGCCUUUUUUUCAUUUCCUGCCUCCCUCGUCCCUUCUUACCCCCGGCCCUCAAGCACCCCAAGCUACAUUAUGCAACUGCUUGGAUUGAAUUGGAUUUGCACAUUGCCUUUCUUCAUCCUUGCUCAUAACAAAAUAUGUCUUCUUUUUUCCCAAAUGUUUCCAUCAACCCAAAAAUCACUAACAUUUCUAUUUUAUAGGAACACAUUUUUUUAAAUGAUCAAAUCACGCACAUUUUAUUUUUAAUCAACUAUUUCCAACCGUUGAAUUUGUAUAUUGUAUGUGUACAAUAACGAUAUACUACCUGGUGUAAAUGCAUGCUUCUACAUUAUUUCUCAUUGUCAAAAGGAAGAAGAAAGGGGGCCGGGGCAUCUGAUGAUUUCUGAGCUGUCAGCACUUUGUUGUUGGGCGAUGUGUUGAGUCUCUGAGGACUCGAUCGUGAAAAGGUUCUCUGCAUCACUGCUGUUCGUUGUGUUACAUCCUCUUGGUUUGGUUGAAGUUGUGCGGGACUUGCAGGUGUUAAUUGUGGCACAAAUCGGAUGCCAACUGAUACAUUUUCUUGACAGAUCGGACCAAUCACUGUAUCGUGUUGCAUUUCUUAGUGUGUGUGAUGGGGACUAGUGUCGUCAUACUUCUAUCUUACGGCCAGUUUUGCGUGAAAUAUGUUACGGUGCAUGCCCACUCAUCUGAGUCACCGGCACAUUUAUUCCUUAUCAGCUGUCUUCAUUUCAAUUUCACAGUUGUGCAACACAAUUUUAUUCAGGACAAUAUGGGUUCCUUAACAUUCUCCGUCCCCAAUAAAAAUAAAUGAUCUCAAGCAGAA